AUGGAGGCAAGAUGUCGCAUUUUUAGAACUGAUGCCGAUAUGGGCAGCUUCAGUGGUGUGGAAGGAGCAGUUGAGGAACAAGUGGGGAAGCGUAUACUCAUUUUUGGCCAUUCGUAUAUCCACUGGGCAGAGAAGAGUGCCUUAAUCAGGGAGGAUGAAAGUAACAUUUUUGUUGUCAGCUUGUCUGUUGCUGACCUUGUGGUGGCAGUCUAUCCAUAUCCUCUAAUCCUUGUUGCUAUUUUCAACAAUGAAUGGACGCUUGGAUAUAUUCAUUGCCAGGUCAGUGGGUUUUUCAUGGGUCUAAGUGUCAUUGGGUCCGUGUUUAACAUCACAGCAAUUGCAAUCAACCGAUACUGCUACAUUUGCCAUAGCCUAAAAUACGACAGGCUCUACAAUCAAAAGAAAACCUGCUUUUACCUUUGUCUUACAUGGACAUUGACUGUGCUUGCCAUUGUGCCAAACGUAUUUGUUGGUUCACUGCAGUAUGAUCCCCGUGUGUAUUCGUGUACUUUUACACAAGAUGUGAGUUCAACCUACACAAUUGUGGUGGUGGUUGUGCACUUCAUAGUACCACUAUGUAUAGUGUCAUUUUGUUAUUUAAGGAUAUGGGUUUUGGUCAUUCAAGUUAAGAGUCGCAUAAGACAAGAAUUUAAGCAAAAGCAGAAACCAACUGACUUCAAGAAUUUUCUGACUAUGUUUGUAGUUUUUGUACUUUUUGCAGUCUGCUGGGCACCACUAAAUUUUAUUGGUCUCGCAGUAGCUAUAAACCCUGUUGCAGUGGCACCAAACGUACCAGAAUGGCUCUUUAUCCUGAGCUAUUUUAUGGCUUACUUCAAUAGCUGUCUCAAUGCUGUUAUUUAUGGACUUCUCAAUCAAAAUUUUCGAAAGGAGUAUAAAAGAAUUCUUAAGCUCUUAUGGACACCAAAACUCUUAUUCACAGACAGUACAAAAGGAGGGACAGAUGGCACAAGAGGCAAACAAUCUCCUGCAGGGACAAACGACAAUCAUGCCGAAGUUUACCUAUAAAACUGAACUCACUAAAUAUUUCCUAGGAACUACAAUUCAGAACCACUAAAACCUAUAGUACAUCUUGAAUUAUUGCUAUUACACCUGCUUGCCUUAUGAUUAUUUUUUUACUGAAAAAGACAAUGGAUA